GUAUAAAACAUCUGAAAUGAUUUUACGCGUAUUGCGUCAGUUUGACAUCUGUUAUUAGAACCUUUGAAUCAUAAAAUCGAAAUCAAAAAUAUUCGUGGCGGUCUGGUUCGUUUGAUAGUGGUCUAUAUUAUCUGUGUAGCGACUGUAAGUUGACCGGAAGAAUGGACACAGACUUUGAACUAUUGGCUCCCAGCUUGGAGAAUAUCAUCGAGCAGGAAACAUUGAAGUGGGUGUUUGUCGGUGGCAAAGGCGGUGUUGGGAAAACGACAUGCAGUUGCAGUUUGGCCAUCCAGCUGGCUAAGGUUCGCGAAUCGGUGCUGAUCAUAUCAACCGAUCCGGCGCACAACAUUUCCGAUGCGUUCGAUCAGAAGUUUACCAAGGUUCCGAGCAAAGUGAACGGAUUCGAUAAUCUUUUCGCGAUGGAAAUCGAUCCGAAUGUUGGUCUGAACGAACUACCGGACGAGUAUUUCGAGGGCGAGAAUUCUGCUAUGAAGCUCAGCAAAGGGGUGUUCCAGGAAGUGAUUGGAGCACUGCCCGGUAUCGAUGAAGCGAUGAGCUAUGCGGAAGUAAUGAAGUUGGUGAAAGCUAUGAAUUUUUCCGUAGUCGUUUUCGAUACGGCUCCGACAGGACAUACGCUGAGACUAUUAUCAUUUCCACAAGUGGUAGAAAAGGGCCUUGGCAAACUGCUGCGGUUAAAGAUGAAGCUCGCACCGUUUAUUUCACAGUUGGGAUCAUUGUUCGGGAUGCAAGACUUUAACGCUGAUACACUGACCAGCAAAUUGGAAGAAAUGUUGACUAUUAUUCGGCAAGUGAAUGAGCAGUUUCGUAAUCCAAACCAAACAACUUUCGUAUGUGUUUGCAUCGCCGAAUUCUUGUCGUUGUACGAAACGGAAAGAUUAGUUCAGGAGCUGACCAAGUGUGGAAUAGAUACACAUAAUAUUAUCGUCAAUCAGUUGCUGUUUCGGCGGGAAGGGCAGGAACCUUGUGCGAUGUGCUCCGCUCGGUACAAGGUGCAGGAAAAAUAUUUAGAUCAGAUCGCCGAUCUGUACGAAGAUUUCCACGUUGUCAAGCUGCCUCUGCUGGACAGUGAGGUUCGUGGUGGAGAAAAGGUUAAAAAGUUUUCCGAGAACCUUAUUAAACCGUACUGCCCCAACGAUGGGAUUCCGAAGCAAAGUGAAUAGUAUCGUGAAUAGUAAGUAUGACUGUGUUUGUCUGGAUGAAAGAGAUAUGGUUUAUUAUUUUUUGUUGAACAAAUUGAUUCCACGGUAAGAGCAAUAUUCUAACACUUUGGUUCUUAACUUUGGUUUUUGAAUUAUUACGUAUAAAAAUUAGGUUGUUAUGAAACACUGAACGACAAAAUGGUAUACAAAGUAUAGCUGAAAAAUACGCCAGAGGUUCCUCAGUAAUCGACCCAAUAAAUAUAUUUUCAUGUCUAAGAAAGCAAGAAAAAAAAGCUGAAAGAA